CAUGCCCCAUCCUGUUAGUAUCCCCAUUGUUUGACCUGGUUCCGUGGAGGAAGUCCAUGUGGCAACGUGAGCUGACCUCACACUGGUAACUCCAGGUCAGAACCCAAACAUUCUGUAGGGAGCAGAGUUUCUUAGUUCCUCAUAAAUACAGGGCAGAUACUAUGCUAUAGCUAAAUCUAUCCUUUCAUCCGUAUGCUGAAAGACUAACAGUUUUGGAGUGAUGGACAAGGUUCAAAGUUCUUUCACCUUUCUAGUUUUGUUUUUAAUAGAAUGCCCACUUCUUCUAUGCUUGCCUUAUGGAGGCUACAAACAGUCACAAACAUCCACAAAUGUCACUAAGCAGGAAGUUGUUUUCUCAAGACUCAGAGGCCGAGGAUGGCCCCAGCCAGUGCACCACCGUCCAUCUCCACCGACUGGCACAAGCACAGGCACAGGCAGGGGGGAGAGUCGUCCACCUGACCUCAGCAAGAGCAGCCGGAAUCUCAGAGCACAUCCGACACCGGCGAGCGCUGAGACCUGGAAUGCAGCACUGAUUUCGCACAGACCUGCUCUUGUUCAAGUAAUUAUAAUUGCAUGUGUAGCCUUUACCAUUGCCCUGGUAUGUGGAAUCGCGAUUUCUUAUGUGAUAUAUCGGCUGGUGCACGCGGAGGAAAGACAGCAACUGGUGUGGCUUUAUAACAAUGUCAGCGUACCAUUCCUGGGAGGAGACGACGACGUCGACAAUGUGGGUGAGGACUCUGAGAGAGAGAGCCUGGAUGAGUCCGCCUACCUGCUUCCAGAGAAUGAGGAGGAGCUGGAGAAGUUCAUUCACUCAGUUAUUAGAUCCAAAAGAAGAAAGCAUGCGGAAAACAAGAGAUUGAGGAAAGAGCAAAAUUUAUUAAAGGGAACAAAAAUGGGGAAUUCUAUGCCCGGUAUAUUCUCAGAGGAUCUAUGAGAGCAAACGAAAAUGAUGCAGGACAUGCUAGCCAGCAUGGAGCCCACAGCUGCAGGGACGACCCGCGACUGGGGACCUGAGCAGGACUUACUCCUCGAGAGCUCUGUCCAGAGCACUCUAAAGAAGAAAACUAGAAGUAUAUAACCGAAAAUAAAUCCAUAUAUGCAGUGAGUCUUACUUCUUAGCUCUCAUAGUCCAUU